UUUUUUUUUUUAAUAAUGUUUAUAUAUUUAUUAUUGUUUUUUUUAUAUUAAGUUUUGUUAUAAUUUUUAAUAUAUUAAAUUAUUUUUUUAUAUUUUUUAUUAUUUUUAUUAUUAUGUAUUUUAUAAUUUGUUAUUAUAUUAUUUUUUUAUAUUCAGUAUAGACACAGUGGAGCAACACUUAUUAAUAGAUUUUCAUUUGAUUAUAUUACCUACAAUACUUCUUAUGAUUCGGAAAAUAAAGGGAUAUUAUAAUAUAAAAUUCUGGAUAAGAAACUCACUCAAAAAUAUUUCGUUCCCCAAAGUUGUAUUUAAUAAGUAUUUAUUUGGAAAAGGCAUCACUAUCUACAAAAACUUUUUUUUAACAUAUUAUGACAGUAGAUUUUACAUACAAAUAAUUUAUAAAUUUAAUUUCUUAAUGAUAUCUAGCAGAGACAUACUUUUUCCUUUAAGGCACCAUAUUUAAAAGUAUAAAUGAGUAUAAACUUAUAUCACUUAAAAAAAGUUGAUUGAAAAAUAUGUAAACUGCAAAUAAAGGCCAUCCAUAAGUAUAUAUAAACAUACAUACUUAAAGAAAUAUAUAUAUUUUGAGCAGAAUAUAUAAACUUGUGGCUUCCUAAAUCCAACUGGUAUAUUAGUGAAAAAUAUAAAGUUGAAUUGGCUGUAACCACAACCACACAAACAUGCGUACAUGCAAACAUAUCGUUAGGCUGUAAGUUGUGAUUAUUUAACAUAUCAGUAGGGAUAAGAGAGACUUAUGUAGUUCUCAAAUUGUGAAUAAGUCUGCAAAUAAAGAAAUAAAGGCGAUUUUCAAGAGGGAGGCAAUUAAUGACUGCUUGUUGGACUGCACAGACACCUGUUUGACUGUGUUGAAUUUACAUUUUCAAUGAUGCAAACUAUUUGCAAAAGACUCGCAAGCAACAAAUACAUAUCACGUAAAUUACACUUGUUUAUUAUGACUAUAUAGCAAAUAAAUAUUGUUUACACACUUUAAAUGUAUGCAAUGUCGAAAAGUAAAAUCAAAAAAAACUUUGCACAUUGUAGCCCUCCCGGAAGAAUGCUUUAUAACAAAGUUACACUAGUUCUAAGGCAUGCUUCAUGACUUUAAUCUAAAUUUACAUAUUUAAAAAAUAUUAUUGAAAUCUUAAUUUAUUACACAAGCAUGCUGUUGUUGUUGUUCGUUUCAACUGGCUGUAGAGCUAUUGAAAAAAUUUAAAAAGUUGUUUUAAUUGUGAAAAAAAGCCGAGAAGCCAAUCUAUAUACACACAUACAUAUGUACGUAUAAUAAAUGUGAAUUCCGUUACUUCAAAAACUUAGUAUUUAUUUAAAAAAAGUGUCUAAUUGUUGCAAAAUUAUAUGAUGAUAAUGACAAUGGUUAUUCAACACUAACGCAUAUACAAAUAGUAUGUAUGUAAAUUAAUGUAUAAAUAUUUAGCCGAAAAUAAAAGAGCAAUAAAAUGCAAAAUGUAAACAAAAAUUUUAAAAAGGGUUAUAAUUUGUUUUUAUAAAGGAGUUGUAUCAACUUGGUAAUUUGAAAAAAUCGAUUUUUGUUAUAUGUAUAUCGAAUGUACAAUACAUACAUAUACAAAUUUGAGAAUAUUAUCCGAAAAUUUGAAGUGGAUACGGCAAAUAGUUGUGCACAUGACUGUAUUUGUAAGAAUUUGUUAAGUUAGUGUAAUCGCCUCCCAAAACUUUAUACGCGUUUUUUCAAAACGCUGCUUUCCGAGCCGGUGAAGAAAAUUUCUUCGAAAUGACUGGGCCGAUCGACUUGAAAUUUUCACACGAACUUCGUGAUAUAUACAAUGAUCAAUGGAAGAAAAUUUUUAUUACUAAUUUUUUUUUUUAUUUUCAUUUUAAGCAUUUUUGAAGAGUAAAUUUUUCACAAAAAACUACUUAUUUUUUAAAAGCCGCCAUUUUGUCAAAAAUCAAUAUUUUGAUUAGUUCUACGAUCAUUAUCUGCAUACAUCUAUUUAUUAUUAUAUUUUUGUUUUUGGAUUUGAGAUAAUUUUAAGUAAAAAAAUCUUCAUCAACGUCAGACACCUAUUUUCGGAGGUCUUCUUGGAGAUAGGCUACGGGAUCAAGCGAAUGCAAAUUUUUCAAAAUAAAUCAUAGAUUAUUGAGGUAGAUAAAUUUGUUUAAAUGCACAUUAGUUUUACUUAUUUAUUUAUUUUAAAAUGCACUUUUCUGACUUGCAAGUGGAUAUAACCACUUAAUUGAAACGUUGAACUUGGUUGUGUGUAAAAGUCUUCUAAUUUGUUUAAAAUGUGACAAUGAACAAUAACACGUAAGAGUUCAUAUGAUCAUGAUAAAAAGCAACUUCUCAAAACAUGCAAUAAGUAAAUUAAAAUUUAAUAAUAUAAGCUACAAAUAUUAGAAAAUAACAUAAAAAUUAACAAUAUGUAAAGUAAAAUGUGUUAUCAAUUGAUUAUCGAUAAUCGAGUGCAAUCGACUGCUCAUAAUUGCUUGUUUACAUAUUUGCGUGUCAAACGCAAUGAGUUUGACAAGAUCAGCUGUUCAGGGCACGUCACAACAGCAUAUUUUUGUUAAACCAAAAGCUAAAUAUAAUUUUCUGUUGUGUACUAAACAUUAAUUUAAAAAUAAAAACAGCUAAAAUGAAGUGUGCGGUUUUAAAUUGUUCAAGUCAAAGCUGUCAAAAGGAAUCUUGCAGUUUCUUUAAUUUUCCUGCUAAUGAAGAGUUGUCAAAGGAAUGGGUGAAAUUCUGUGGGCGCAAAAAAGUUUUCAAUCCGCGGACAAAUUACAUAUGCAUGAAACAUUUUAAAAAGGAGGACAUCGAAAACGGAGUCGAGUAUGAAAUGGGUUUCGCGAAAAAACGCAUACUUAAGCGCGGUGUUGUACCAACUAUUUUCAAAGUGGAGUUAAGCGAUGCCGAGCGUAAGGAAAAAGCAAUGCGAAGAGAAAAUAAAAGAAUAGUGAACGAAUUAAUUAAGCAAUAUGAUGCUGAACAUAAUACUGCAGUAGUGCUCGAAGAAACGAAGAUGGCAUCAGUAGAGACCGUUGAUUUAACAAACAGUGAUGCUGCUUUAUUGGAUAUGAAUAAUGCUGUCGAAACUCCAACAUCGCUUGAGCCAUUCUUCGAAACAUAUAGAACUCCAUUUGAGGAGAUUGAAGACUUAGAAAUGAAGUUAGAAAAACAGCAACAAGAAAUUGAAGAGCUACGCAAAGAAAAUAAAAAGCAACAAAAGGAAAUCGUAGCGUCCAAACUGGAAAUAGAACUUUUAAAGCGCAAAUAUACAUGCGAGCUAAAAUUUUUGGAAAAACAAGUAACGACGGCACAAAGUGAAAAGACAAGUAUAGAGAUGAAAUUGGUAAAGAUUUUUUCAAAAAAACAGUUGGAUAUAUUAAAGUCUGACGCGAACAGAACACAUUGGUCUAUAAGCGAUGUAGAACAAGCUAAGUUUAUAUAUAACAAAAGCCCCAAAAUCUAUAACUACUUAUAUAAUCGAGGUUUUCCAAUACCUGCGGUGCGCAAAGUAAGAGCAUGGUUGAAUACGAAAGUACCAAUAGCGCAUUUGAGGGACCACUGUUAUACUUCAGAAUUGUUGGAAUAAGCUUAUUAUAUGUAUAUGCAGUAUAUAUAAUUAAAACUUGUUUUUAUAAUAAUAUAUAAUUAAAAAUUCCUAAGUUUCAGUCUAGUACUAAGAAAUUAUUAAAAAAGAAAAUUUGCAAAAAUCAAUCAUAAAAAUCGAAAAAGUUCAUAAAAUAAAUCGAAAAUGGCAACCCCGUAUCAUUCAUACGCAGCGCUAUUACACUCAAACACUUUUAAUUUUUUUUUAUUUGUCAUAUUUUUGCCGGCAGUAGUGGAAUAUUUCCGUUCUCCAGCUUUUGCAAUUAGUUUUCUUAGUCAUUUCCGUCAGUUCAGUGCGAAUAUGCAUAUAUUAUUCAUUUAACUGCUGUCGUGGUUAUUACUUAAUUAAAUUAAACAUAUAAAUUUUUGCUGCUAAUUUCUUUCAAGUAUUGUGAAGCAAGUUAUUUGCAGUGUCCUUUUCAACGGCGUCGUUACGCAGUUCCUAUUUGCUACUCAAACGCUUUGCAAAUCAUCAGUGCAUUUAUUCAUCGUUUAAUUCCGUAUCCUGUCAAUUUAUACAUACAAAUUACAUUUGGAGAAGUAAAAAUAUAAGAAUGGGUGAUUGCAGUGUGGAUUUGAAUAAGUGCUUUGAGGUUGUCUCACAAUUGGUGGACAAAGCAGGUGCGUUGGUGGCAAAACGUAAUGAAACACGACAAGAGUUCGAAGAAAAGGCGAACGAUAUUGAUUUGGUUACUGCCACAGAUAAAGAGGUGGAACAGCUGUUGAUAAAUGGUUUGCUAGAUUCCUUUCCCGACCACAAAUUUAUUGGUGAGGAAGAGAGCGCUGCUGGCGGCGCACCAAACAAGCUAACAGAUGCGCCCACCUGGAUUAUUGAUCCAGUUGAUGGCACCAUGAAUUUCGUACACUCCUUUCCACACUCAUGCAUUUCAAUUGGUUUGAAGGUGAAUAAAGUCACCGAAAUUGGUAUUGUUUUUAAUCCAAUGCUGGGCCAACGUUUCAGUGCGCGUCGUGGCCAGGGCGCUUAUCUAAAUGGACGUCGUAUACACGUUAGCGGCCAGAAGGAAUUGGGCAAAUCUUUAGUUACAUCUGAAUUUGGUACAUCACGCGACACGGAAAAGUUAAAAGUCGUUUUCGAAAACUUCCAGAAAAUAGUGCCAAAGGUGCAUGGAUUUCGCAUGUUGGGCGCUGCCGCACUCAAUCUCUGCAUGGUUGCGCUUGGCGCGGCUGAUAUUAAUUUCGAAUUUGGCGUACAUGCUUGGGAUGUAUGUGCUGGCGAAUUGUUAGUGCUUGAAGCAGGCGGCGUUGUUAUUGAUACCUCAGGUGACAAAUUCGAUAUUAUGUCAAGACGUGUUUUGGCUGCAUCCAGUGAAGAAUUGGCACAAGAAUUUGCUAAACACUUGACACAAUUCUGUCCACAACCACGGGAUGAUUAAUUCCAUAUGAUAUUAAAAAGAGUUAAAGGUGAUGCAAAAAAAAACAUGUAGGUUGAAGUGAGUAGUUGUUUAAAAAUUAUACAUUAACAUACAUUUAUUUUUAUGUAAAAAAAUUGUAAAUUUUUUUUAAAAAAUAAAAAAACAAUACAGAUUUUACAAACUAUUGCUGGAUCCAAUUGUUUUGAAAGUUUAAAUAAAUGUUUUUAAAAAUGAA